UUUACACAGGCUCAAAGGAUUAUCAGUCUCUGUGGUUGGGAACCAAGGUUACUUCCUUACAUUGUUGAUUGUGAGGAUUGCUCAAGUGAGAUUGUUAAAGAAGCAUCACCGCGCCUGUCCCAUGCUCAUAGUCCUAGUGUUCUUCUUCGUUCCAAGUCUCGAGCAAUUGAGGUAGCAGAAUCACCAAUAAACAAAUAUGCUGGCCUUCAGGAAAUGCCUGACCCAGCUUCCAUUGUUCUUGAUUGCACUCUUUGUGGAGCUAGUGUGGGAAUGUGGACUUUCUCUACAAUUUAUCGGCCUUUGCAGUUAACAUAUGAUUCAGUUGAAUCACAAAAUUUUUGCAAAAAAACAAAUGAGAGUGGAGUGUGUGGUUUAAGUGCAGCUAGUUGCAUUGGUGGAAUUUCAACCAGUGAAGACAAAGGCAAAGAACACCUGGAUGAUGUUGGUGAAGGUAUGACCAGUACCUGUCAAAAGAAUGCCUCAGAUGAACGAGUUCUGGAUUUGAGCCUCAAAAUAGCAGGGGGCCUUCCACCAACUAAACAAAAUAGCAGUUCAUUGCUUCCCUUGCCUUCUAUUACACAGUUUAAAGCUGGGUUUCCUUCUGGCAGUGAAGUUGGCGAGAGGGUUACCUUCACUGAAUCACCCAAAGCUCAGGAAAAAAUGCAAUUUACCAGACAGCAUGGCAACUCUGUAAACAGCAGAAGAGACAUUACAGAAAGCAUAAGUAUCAACAGAGAAGGGAUUGACACUGCAGGGUCAUCAAAGCGUAAGAGAAUUGAAGGAAAUAGAUCUGAAAGGGUCAAUGAUACAGAUGGCAACACUAGAAACAAACGAAAGCGUGAUGGAGCCAUCAUUGGUGAAAGGUGUGUUCAGGAACUUGGCAGCAGUGAAUACCAUGGAUUUUCUUCUGUAAAUGCAGUUGAUACAUGUUACCGUGAUAGGAAGGAAAAUUCAACAGAUAGUGUAGAUAACAUUCCUCACUAUUUGUGCAAGAGUGAUGAAGGCAUUGAGGAGGGCACAGGAACAAAUAUUGCAACCUUAAGUACAGGUAGAAUAGGUGGUACUAGUGUGGGCAUGAGUGUUAAUGCUACACAGAUUGAUGCUCAUGGUGAAGUUUGUGGAAAUGACAUUUCAGUGAAUAGAGCUGAGAGUAGAGCAGCUGAAUCUGAAGUUCUUGUGGAAACUGCAAGAAGUGUACAACGAAGUGAGAUUGUUUCCAGGGGAGACAAACCACAUAAUGUCAGUAUUUGUGAAGAUAGUCAACAUGCUUUACUGGUAGAUCAAGCUGUGGCAGACAUCACCUCAAGUAAAGACUCUUUAGCUAAUGGAGUAAUCAUGGAUUUUCGAGCUGGAGGUGAGAGAUCUGAAGUGUGUGAGCCUACAGAGGUAAGUGAAAAGCAGGAGAAAUCUGAUUCUGUGAUGCCUGGACCUCACAACUGUGCAAAGAUUGACGAUGUUGUUAUUUCUAACUCAGGUAAGUUAAUAUUUCUAGAAUCAAAAUUUAAUGAAUGUUUUAAGCAUAUGGGGAUGAUGAAAACAAGAUCGCAUUUCAGAGUUUUCUGUCUUCAUUUAUUUCUUAAAAAUCGUUUUAUAAGCUUCUGUAAUUGUCAAAUUAAUAACUAA